CAGAUUGUUACUGGUGUUUACAAAAACCCAUCUGUGUUGUUUAAAGUUGCACACAGCAUCAUAUGGCACAAACCCUCCUUGUUGUCAACUUGUAAGGCACUGGCAGUGUAGCUCAGAGAUUAGAGACGUGACAUAGGACACUGAGGAUUUUAUGCCCAUUUGUGGCCCUUUGGAUGGUCUUGCACAUGGAACUGCUGCUAUUGCCGAAUAAACACAUCUCCCCAUAUGAGAUGGCCCAGACUCACAGCAGUGGCAGAGCCAGUUCCAGCCAGUUCCAUCCCUGGCUUAUUUCAUAGCCAGGACCAGUCACCAAUCAAAGCCUUAAAAUGAGUAAGAUGACAAGGGUUUUGUGGCAAAGAACAUGAAGCCCUCCAUUUGAUGAAGAAAACAGAGGAGGCGCUUACUGACUCUGCUCUCAAUUGCAGCUAUUCGUACACUAUGGCAGCAGAUGCUCCUGCACUGGCUCCCAGAUACCAGUGGACAGAGUAAACAGAAAUGCUUCUCUUUCAAGAAUAAAAAUAAAGGGCUGUGACCGCAAUCAUCACAGACCUGUCCAAGUUUCCAUUGUAAGAAGGCUGAUCUCACAAGCUCCAGCAACGAUGACUCUGACUCAAGCUGAGAAGGCUGCAGUGGUUGCCAUUUGGGGAAAGAUAGCUUCCCAAACUGAUGCCCUUGGGACCGAGUCGCUGGAGAGGCUUUUUUCAAGCUACCCCCAGACCAAGACCUAUUUCCCCCAUUUUGAUCUCAGCCAAGGUUCUGCUCAGCUUCAUGGCCAUGGCUCCAAGGUCCUGGGUGCUAUUGGUGAGGCUGUCAAGAACAUCGAUAACAUUACAGGUGCCUUGGCCACACUUAGCGAGCUGCAUGCCUACAUCCUCCGAGUCGAUCCAGUGAACUUCAAGCUGCUUUCCCAUUGCAUUCUGUGCUCUGUUGCUGCCCACUUUCCCAACGACUUCACCCCAGAAGUCCAUGCUGCAUGGGACAAGUUCCUGUCCCAGAUUUCUUCGGUGUUGACUGCAAAGUAUAGAUAAACUGUCUCUUUGGAUCACGAGGCCAUGGCA